AUGCGGGAUCCGACACAAGAUCAGUCACCGGCUCCUCUGCCGGUUGAUCCACGUGAGACAGUUCAAACUAUGGACACGAGGAUACAGAAACCCGCGAAUACCUCACAGGGGCCUAAAUCGAGAAGAGUGCGAACGGGGUGUCUUACCUGUAGAGAACGCCAUUUGAAAUGCGACGAAACGCUUCCGAAAUGUCAAAACUGUUCCAAGUCCGGCCGAAUAUGCAAACGAGGCAUCCGUCUCAAUUUUAUCGACACACAAGUAACAGCUCCUCCAUAUACUUUGGCACCUCCGCUUGGUAUUCGGUUGAACUUCCAAGAUGAAUCUAGAGAAAUUGCGUCUGAAUAUGUGGGAGGGUUUGAGAGGUAUCCGCCAUUGGAUCAGCUAGACACGCAAAUGGACAGUGAGCCAUCGACACAUUUUGAGUUCGCAAACCCAGUUGUCAACCGACCUGCUUUGCAUGUGUCAGCCUCACUUUUGUCGUCGUUUCCUGAUGCGCCACACCCUGAGAUACAGGACUCUAUGCUCACGGAGCCGCAGUAUACAACGAAUGAUGCACUUCAUGAGCAGAAUGCCUUUUUACCAAAGAUGUCCACGAAUACGCCAACUGAUCGUUCCUAUAUUACGACACCCGAGGGAGUUCUCCUGAUGCAAGUUUUUGUGGAGGAGGUUGCUCUUUGGAUGGAUUCUAUGGAUGCUAAUAAACACUUCUCGGAAAUUGUACCACUUCAUGCACUUAAUGAGCCCUUGUUACUCAAUGGGAUAUGGGCAUGCGGCGCUCGACAUCUAUAUCUCGUGAACUCGUCGUAUAGUGAAGAUAGAGCAGUUCACUAUUACAACACUGCAUCUCAAAUCUUACUAUCUCAUCUGCAAAAUCCUCAUCGUGAUCCCGUUCUUUGCGCCACUGCUGCUGUCAUUCUCAAUGUGUAUGAAGUCAUGUGCGAAAGUGCAAUGCAGCGGAUGAACCACAUAGCAGGAGCAAGAGCUCUUAUCAAAGAGUGCCGCUGGAAUGGCAAAUCACCCGGAAUAGGAGGCGCAUGUUUCUGGGUCAAUGUAUGCAUGGAGCUCCUAAGCUGUCUUCAUUUCAAUUGGCAGAUGGCCUGGGACCCGGAUACGUGGCACAUGGAUAUGGAGACGGAACUUAUCCCUUCUGAAAGUCUGUUUGGCAGCGAGGAUAUCUGGGCACAUCGAAUGGUGUAUAUUUGUGCCAAGGUGGCUAAUUUUCGAGCGACUAUUCCUCAGUUCCAGGGACUUGAUCCACAAGCCCAUCAGUUGCGGUUGCAGCAACGAUGUCAUGAAUGGGAUACUUAUAAGAGAUGGUGCGACGAAUGGGCGAGAUGUAUUCCGCGCUCGAUGAUGCCUGUAUGUUACGUUCAGCCGUGGCAGACGUCGAAAUCUGCAUUUCCUGAAGUCUGGCUUGUGAAACGACCUGCCAUUGUUGGUCGUCUAUUUUACCACCUCACCUGUGUCUUAUUGUCCAAAACGCAUCCUUUAGAAUCAGAAUUCAGUCCCAAUCUUCGAGAAAUGCAGCAAAGACAUGCUUACGACGCCUGCGGUAUCAUAGCCCAUGUCAAGGACCGUGGCGUCGCAACAACCUCAAUCCGCACCCUCGCAAUCGCUGCAGAAUGUUUCGUCACCCGUGAAGCGCAGCAAGAAGUCCUACAAAUAAUCGACAAAAUCAUCAAAGAGACAGGCUGGCGAAUAUCAUUUCUGAAAACUGAGCUUCAAGCGAAAUGGGGCUGGAAUACUUCUGCUCCUGGAUCUAAUGCUAAUAUCAUGACCACGGCCACGACUACUACUAACACGCCUAUAUCAUCCAUAGAUAACGGUUCUUUACCGAACCCCACCACGGGAUCAAAUUCAAAUGGCUCUACACCUCCUGGCCGCUCCCGAUUGCUGUCGGGAAUAAUCAAUCCGCUCAUGGCUACGGCUGAUUUUUCGAUGGCCAAUCACCCGUAUCAGGAUCAUUAUGUUGCGCCCCAAGACCAUGGGUUGGAAGGGUAUCAGUAUACACAUUAUUGAAUGUACUAUAUAACCAGCAUAGGGAGAGAUCCUUGCGUAGGCCUGCAAUAUGUAAUAUAGAUAUUUGCAUGAUAGAUACAAUGAAUAUGUACAUGUAUGA